AUUUCUCUCCCCUUUCUGGACUUCCCCGGUGAUCGCAAAGGAAUUUUUCUCGUCAUUCAAACUCAAUCGAUCGGUUCUAUUUGGUGAAUCACUCAAUCAGGACUAUGUCGAACGAAAAGGAGAGAGAAAAUCAUGUUUAUUUGGCUAAGCUCGCUGAACAAGCCGAGCGUUACGAUGAAAUGGUUGAAAGUAUGAAGAAUGUAGCCAAACUUGAUGUUGAACUUACUGUGGAAGAGCGCAACCUUCUUUCAGUAGGAUACAAGAAUGUGAUUGGAGCAAGAAGAGCCUCAUGGCGUAUCAUGUCAUCAAUUGAACAGAAAGAGGAAUCAAAAGGAAACGAGAGCUAUGUCAAUCUGAUCAAGGGUUAUCGCAAAAAGGUUGAAGAUGAACUUGCCAAGAUCUGCAAGGACAUUCUUGCUAUCAUUGACAAACAUCUUGUACCAUCUUCAGGCUCAGGAGAAGCUACUGUUUUUUACUACAAAAUGAAAGGCGACUACUUCCGUUACCUUGCUGAGUUUAAGACAGAUGAAGAAAGAAAGGAAGCUGCAGACCAAUCAUUGAAGGGCUAUGAGGCUGCUUCCGAGUCUGCAAAUAAAGAGCUCCCUUCAACCCACCCAAUUCGUCUUGGCUUGGCUCUCAAUUUCUCAGUGUUCUACUAUGAAAUUAUGAAUUCUCCUGAAAAGGCAUGCCAAUUGGCUAAACAAGCUUUUGAUGAGGCGAUUUCUGAGUUGGACACUUUGAGUGAGGAAUCAUACAAAGACAGCACCUUGAUCAUGCAGCUUUUGAGAGAUAAUCUCACUCUUUGGACUUCUGAUUUGCCUGAGGAUGGAGGAGAGGAGAAUCCGAAAGGUGAAGAGGCAAAAUCAGCUGAACCAGAGCAGAAGCAGUGAUGAAAACCAGGCUGGUAAGGCUUUGAAGUAUUAACAAGUUUUGCUUCUUGCAAAGUCUCUUGCUAUUUUUUAGAACGGGAAUCAGAUGCUUUUUGGUUAACUUCUUUUAAGUUUAGUCUCGUUGAACUAUGCACAUUGAUGUUCUUUUAUGCCAUAUUUUUCCAAUUUUAUUUCUUUCUUGUUAA